AUGGGGCUGUUGCAGCGAUUGCGAUUGCAUCUCCCAAGGAUCUGGCGGCUUACCCGCAGGUACAAAUUAAUUCUGAUUAUUUUAUUUGUACUAUUCUGUUUCUACAAGAAUCAAAUAGUUAAAUAUGUGGAUAAUUCUGAUCGAAAAGCUGAAUUGCCAGGAUGGGAACGCGAAAGGCCCAUGAAAAUAGGCGAUUAUCUGGACCAAAAGAAAAACACAGCGCUCAUUGUGCCCCACGACUUAUGCAGGAGGAAAACCUUUCUGGUAAUUGCCGUUUGCUCUAGCCUGGACCACUUCUCCCAACGAAAGACUAUCCGGAAAACAUGGGGAAAUACCAGGGAAUUUAAUUAUGGAGUGUUUAUGCAGCUACAUGGUCACCUGGAGGGUAAAUACCUGCCCAUAAUGAAAGAUCGUAUAAAGCUCUACGCCGAUUAUCUAAGUGUUUUGGAGCACUCAUUGACCGCCACGGUACGGAUUGUCUUCAUAGUGGGAAAAUCCCAGCACGAUUACAUGCGGGAAAAGUUAUCCAGAGAGGCAAAUCAACACAACGAUAUCAUCCAGGAGAACUUUGUGGAUAGUUACCACAACCUGACCCUAAAGUCGGUGAUGGCUCUGAAGCACAUCAGCCAAAGAUGCGCAAAAACAGCAGCUUUCUUCCUAAAAUGUGACGAUGAUACCUUCGUGAAUGUGCCCAAUCUGCUCCACUUCCUGCUGGGCGGUACAGUCCCCCUUUAUAAGGAUACUGUGGGCUAUCAUUUUCGCACCACUUACAAGGUAAUGUCGCCCUGGAACCGCUUCAACGCCAGCAGCGAUGUGAUGUACGGCCACAAGUUCUGCAACAUGAAAGCCAACUACGAUGUAAGAAGUCCCUGGUACAUGCCGCAAUAUAUGUUCCAGGGGGCUAAGUACCCAAAGUAUCUAUCCGGAACCGGCUAUCUCCUUUCCAUAGAUGUGGUUCAGCGGUUGUAUGAGCAAGCUAUUAACACAUCGCUCGUGCAUCUGGAGGACGUCUUCGUCACCGGCAUUUGUGCGGAGGCAGCGGGAAUCCAGCGGCGCCAUUAUCCUGUCUUCAACUACGUCCACGGAAAGCCACUGUGCAUCUUCAAGGGAACCAUUUCGCUUCACCCAGUGCCUGGGCAUCAAAUGUUGGAGGCCUGGUCCUUUGUAUCCAACUAUAGCAUUAAAUGUCCACCGCCAGAUAAACACUUCAUCAAAAGUCAAAUAACAAAGAAAUCACACUGUUAAGAUAUUGACUACAUUGCUUUAAUGCUAGUU